GUACCGGAAGUGAGAAAUAUCCAAAAAUAUUUCCGAAUUGCGUUGCUACUUUUUCGUCAAUUUUGGUGAAUUGAACGCAUGCAUUCGUCCAAAUUGGGGUAUAACGAUCAGCGUCACAGAGGAAUUGAUUUUAAGUCCAGGUCAGCUAUCGGAGUACAUCCACUUAUGGUGCACAAAAUAAUCCAUCAGAUGAAAUACUAAGCAGAAUGUAGCUAGAUGAUAUGAUAUCAAAUGAACAGUGUAAAGAUGUUGCCGAAAAAACUGUGAUGAGCAUAAUUUUCACAAACAGUAAUGUCUCUCAUGAAAUCAAAUUGAAGCAUGGGGUCCUACGGAUCAGACCAAAGUACAGUGUCAUUCAGCCUACAGCAUGAGGUCCAACUGCGAUUCCUCACACCACAGGACAUUGAUGUUGUCAAACAAUUGUGCCAUGAAUGGUUCCCUAUAGAGUACCCAGAGCAAUGGUACCAAGACAUCACAUCAAACCCAAAGUUCUAUUCCCUUGCUGCAACUUAUAACACUCAAAUUGUUGGCAUGAUUAUCUGUGAGGUGAAGCCACGCAUAAAGUGCAAUAGAGAGGAUAUGGACAUUUUGGCCAACCAUUUCAUUGCCUCAACUCAGGUAGCUUACAUCCUUAGUCUGGGUGUCCUUAAUGAUUUCAGACGACAUGGAAUAGCCUCUUUACUUUUAGAUACUUUACUAUCAUACCUGAGUUCCUCUGAAAUGCCCAAUGUCAAAGCUGUCUACCUUCAUGUGCUAACUACGAACUCUGUAGCUAUAGGUUUCUAUGAGAGGCGCUACUUCAAAGUCCAUAGCUAUCUGCCGUAUUACUACUCAAUAAAUGGAUCCCCGCGGGACGGUUAUUCAUAUGUGCUGUAUAUAAAUGGCGGGACACCUCCUUGGACUUUGUUAGAUUAUGCCAAACAGUUGGGCACCUUCGUAUCUAGUCUACAACCUUGCAAUGUUUCACAGAGACUGGUUCGUUCUGCCAAGUCCCUUUGGCAGAAAAUAGUGUCAGGGUCCAGUCAUUAGCUCUUGUGAAUAGUGCCAGUGAUUAGCACUAGUCAUUAGCUCUAGUGAAUAGUGCCAGUGAUUAGCACUAGUCAUUAGGUCUAGUGAAUAGUGCCAG